GUGUUGAUGCUUGGACGCCACCAUCAGGCCUUUGCCGAGUGUGUUUCUCGGUCCACUGGCGGCCCGUUGUCCCUGGCCGAGUCCCAGCUGCCUGUGUUUCACAGUCUGUCCACGCAGCUGAAGGAGGUGCAGGCCAUGAUCCACAAGCUGGAACUCCAAGUGCUGGACCAGGACCGCAUUCUCAAGGAGCGCGCUGAGCUGGCUUGCAAGCAGGAGCACCACCUGGAGGCCAAGGUUAGGGAGCUGGAGUCCAAGCAAGACUCCACUCAGGCCAUUGGAGAGGCAGCCCGCGCCCUGGAGUCUGUGACAGGCAAGAUGCAGACUCGGCUGGCUGAGGUGCAGCAGAUGCGCCAGGACCUGGCCCAGGCUGAGGACCACAUGCGUCAGUUGAAGUCUGAGAACCAGCAGAUGAAGGCCUGCAUUGAGUGCAUGAAGACCAAGAUGCUGGAGGUGGAGGAGUGUGGGGCCAAGACUGCCCAGGGCUGGAAGAAGGAGUGUGAUCAGCUCAAGGCUGAUGUCUGCAGUCUGCGCAGUGCAGCUGAGGACCUGUGUGCCCAACUGCACAAGGCAAACCAGAAGUGCACAAAGCUGGAAAGUGUACAUUCGCGUCUACGUGACACCUGCAUUGACACGUCGUCAUCCUCACCAUCCAUGUCUGACAAUGAACACGGCAACCGCAAAGAGGAGACGGCUGCUGGUGCCAUCAGUGAAAGUCUAGCAGCAACAUCCAGCAGGAAAGCAGCACAAAUUGAAAACUUAGUUGCACCUGAUGUGACGAAGAGGAUCAACAGAAAGCGCAAGUACAAGAUGGACUUUGAUCAGUUGGCUAAAAAGCUGACUACAACAAAUUCCAGGAGUACUGCUGAACGACAUCAUGACUGGCCUUUUGGCUGGGAAAGUGAGCUGUGAAAAAAUGUACAUGUCGCUGUGAGGGGCAAGGUGUCCUUGCACUCCAGUAACCCAUGCAAGUUUCAGGUUUGAAUGUGGAUACAAUGUGCAAUUAUAAUGACUAACAAUAGAUGUGGGAUGCAUGCAAGGGAAACAGGAACAUGGACUGUGCAUGACAACUCAUUCAGCAGCAGCAAAUUGAAAGGGCAUCCUCAUCUUGAUGACAUGUCACAUUCAGUUAUGAAUGAUGCCUGCUUCGUUCAAACACCCCACCCGGAUAUGUUUCAUAG